AUGGAGCCGAACCUCAAAUCCAUAGACUUCACUCAAGAACGCUAUAAUGAGACCAUCGAGUUGUGUAAAACUUAUGUGAUGAUGAUGGAAAAGCGUAAGAUAUGUCAAGAAGCUAUUAUUACUCAGGCGGAAUACGACUACAGUCAAGAAGAAACUGCGCGAAACAAGAACAAAGUGGAUCUCGAAAGAGUGUUUCUGGCUGCGAAUACUGGAGAAAAGCGUCGAGUCGUUGAUCGGCUUGCUUACCGAUUACUGCCCGAUCGACAUAAGUUGCAAGGUGGAUAUAAUGGACUGAUAAGUUUGCUGAGCUGGCUUGAAAUGCCUGAAGAUGCGGUGCCUCAGAAUGGAAACUCACAUCUUCCCGAGAAAAUAUGCGAAGGGAUCGCUGAUGCUCUCUAUGGCGUUGCAGACUGGGAUGAGCCGCCGUUAGGUUAUGGGCCCAAUGUGAAAUAUUUUGAAGGCCAAGCGGCAACAGGCCAAGCAGGACGCGGUCCGGAGACACAUUCCAAAGUCCCAAGUUCUCCUGCAUCUUCUCUGCGCAACUUUACCAAGGGAUUCAGUGGAGCGGUGCCCAGCCAGAAAGAAAAGUCGAAAUGUCAAUCCCCUUCUGGAUCCUCUCCGCGCAGCCCUCCUCGGGAACAGCCUAGCGUAGGCUCAAAGGCUUCUGAAGGCGAAUCGAGCUCACAGCAAGCUGCAAGACAUUCCCCGGUUCUCCAGGGUGGUUCCAGCUCACAGCGAGCUGCACAAGCUUCUCAAGCUUCUCAAGGUGGUUCAGGUUCACAGCAAGCUUCAAGAAAUCCAACAGCUUCCCAAAGUGGCUUGAGCUCACAACAAGCUGCACGAAAUGCCCAGACUUCCCAAAAAGGCUCCAACCCACAGCAAGGUGCACGGAAUCCACCAGCUACUCAGUCACAAACAGGCUCCAGCUCACAGCAUGCUGCAGGUAUUCCACUGACUUCCCAAACAUGUGCCAGCCCACAGCGAGGUGCAAGGAAUCCACAGGCUUCUCAAAGUGGCUCAAGCCAUCAGCGGCAGGCUGUACGCGACCUGAGGGAUCCCGCUACUCGGCGCGCUCAGCAACGAAGAUCUGCUCUGAAUCUGCGGGCGCAGAUGAAUCGUUUGCUGGAAGAAGAGCGAGCUGCCAGCGGUAUCCCGAGAUCUGAAAGUGAUUCGAUGUUCCCCUCCGGGGCAGCUGCUGCUGUUCUGACUGCAGAACGUACGGUCAGAUUCCGAUUUACCACAACACUUAUACUCACGCCGACGACGUCUCAAGGACUCCUAAACAUCUCCUGCACUCUUCACUCACCGAUCAUUAAUCCAGUAGCUCAUCCAUUAUGGCGAGGUGAUGUCGAGGCGGUCUUCGAGUACCUCGCGAGUUAUUUCCACGUGUCCAGCCUCCGAGACGGAAGCCAUGUCGCUGUUUAUUUGCAGCCAAUAUGCAACUUGACAGAACUUAAACGAAUUGCUCAAGCUGCUAUUCAUUUUGAGAAAACACUGAAUAAUAUGAUUCCUCCGAAUAUUGAUAUGGGCGACAUGCAAGGCCUGGAUUGGCCCGCCAAUAUUCCCAUAGGUGGCUUUGAUCAUCACAUCCAACGAAUGGUCUUCCCAAUGAUCGAAUCUGCCAAAAGUGUCCAAGAUCUGGCUGCGUUAGUGGACGUGGUUGGUCUGACCUCUCGGUAUUGGAUGUUCUAUAAGAUGAUAAGGCCUGAGAUGCUUGACCAUGGUUAUCUACGUUGGGAUCGGCCUCCAGGACUGCAGAACGCUAGACUGGCUAUCGAAUACACCACAUUAGCAGUCGCGUUUAUCGAAGCCGCCGUUGAAUUUGCCGACCACCCGCCAAAGGAGUUGUUGAAUUUUGCACAAGACCCGGCAGGUCUCAGUAAGUUCUUGAGCGGAAAGGGCCCGAGUUCACAAUCGAGCCAAAGCCAUCAAUCGCGGGCCGGAGCUAGUUGA